CCCUCGACACGCCAGGCACAUUCCUAUUUGUAACAAUGGGCGGCAAUCGCUAUCAACUGAUUCGGGCCUCCUGACGGCGCUAGACCCGAGCAGGCAACUUGGCUGGGCUGCCAUGGAGGGGGUCUCGAGAUAAGGCCGUGACCCCGUCAUAUUACAUUACCGGUACUCCAAACCGGGUGGCAGUUCCCCGGCCCCUCUGCCAAUCACCCGUAUGGUACCGUCAUCCGCCAUGAUGUCAUCUCCCCACCCGUAGGCCCUAGACCGGUCCAUCGCAGCGUAAUAAAUUACCGUAUGGUCAUGGCCACGGGGCGGGCACCCCCGAUCAGCAAAGUGAGUGAGUGAUUUUUGGUGGGAAAGUCAGUCAGUCAGUCAGUCAUUCACUCAUUGUACCACAAUGGAUCGAUUACUGGCAUUAGUUCGUUCCUCUGAUUCUUUGGAGGGACUUGUGACAUAGUAUCUUUUACAGUCUUUUUCGUUUUAUUCUAGACCGUCUCAACUGUUUCUUAAAACGACAACAAGGCAGGAAAAGAAACAAAAAAGAGAAAAAAAGAAAAAUAUGUUAGAAAAAAGAAAAAUGUCUGGGGUGUCACCAUCCAUACCAGGACUGGUGGGCUACUGCUGAACGGAUGAUCAGUCCAACAGGUGACGACGGACUGGGAACUACACUUGUCCUUUUGCGACAGAAAUUCCCAGAAAUAGUAGACAGGCAAAAAAGCAAGACAGACAAACAGAAACAUUCCAUGAAAGCUCUCCGCGGAUUAUUCACCUUCUGGACCAUUCUUGUUUUACUAUUUUCCUUCUUUUUAUUCCUUUGUCAUCGUUGUGUUAUUAUCAAUUAUUUUUUUGCAAGAUGUUUUUUUUUCUCAAUGGAACCCUCCAAGGCACUGGUUGAUAUCAUCCAUCCAUCCAGACCUGGGUCUCCCGUUCCCUUCCAGUCCACUUCUCGGAAGCCCGAUGCGGGUGGAGCAAAUCACAUCACUUGCCUGGUUAUUCUUGUUCUUGCUGGCCGCCGGUUAGUCAGGAACCAGGGCAAACCCUGACCAGGAUGGUGAGAGAGAGAAAAAAAAAAUAAUAAUAAUAAGCAGAAGAUCCUGAAGGAAUUCCAGUCCUUCUAUUGAAUCAAUCAAAUGUUUCAAAGUAAGAUAAUCGUCAGGUUGACUUGCAAAACAGCGGCAAUUAUUUUUUUUUUUUUUGUGAUUUUGCCCGAAGCUGACGGAUAAGCUGAAUGGCGAAAUUAAAUGGAGCACUUUUAGUAACUUUUCCCAGUGUCUGAUCGCCCGAACCCCCGCAUUGCUCAAGGCCAACUCCUGGACUUGGACUAGCGAACCCAAAAAGGGCCGAAUUGGAAAAAUGGCGACCCCCCCGCAAAAUAAAAGCAAUGAAAUUAAAACAAAAAG